CCGUGGAGCAACACAGACGCCUCGGGUUACAGGCGCACCCUCCUGUCCCGGAGCGGGGCGGCCAUGGAGCACUCCCUGCACCGCGUCUCUCUCGGGAGCCGGCGUGCCCACCCGGGCUUGUCCUUCUACCUCACCACCUUUGGUCAGCUGAAGCUGUCGAUCGAUGCCCAGGACCGGGUUCUGCUUCUCCACAUCAUAGAAUGCAAAGGCCUGAUGAGCAAACACCCCGGCAUCUGUGAUCCCUACGUGAAGAUUUCUUUGAUCCCUGAAGAUAAUCGACUACGCCAUCAGAAGACGCAGACCAUUCCAAACUGCAGAGACCCAGUCUUCCACGAGCACUUCUUCUUUCCUGUCCAAGAAGAAGAUGAACAGAAACGCCUCCUGGUCACUGUGUGGAACAGGGCAGGUGACUCCAGACAGAGUGGACUCAUUGGCUGCAUGAGUUUUGGGUUGAAGUCCCUCCUGACUCCGGACAAGGAGAUCAGCGGCUGGUACUACCUUCUGGGGAAGGCCCUGGGUCGGACCAAGCACCUGAAGGUGGCCCGGCGGCGACUGCGGCCCCUGAGAGACUUGCGGCUGAGAAUGCCAGGAGAUGGGGACACUGAGAAUGGGGAGAAACUCAAGAUCACCAUCCCGAGGGGGAAAGACGGCUUUGGCUUCACCAUCUGCUGCGAUUCUCCGGUCCGAGUCCAGGCUGUGGAUUCCGGGGGCCCGGCAGAGCGGGCAGGGCUACAGCAGCUGGACACGGUGCUACAGUUGAAUGAGAGGCCUGUGGAGCAUUGGAAAUGCGUAGAGCUGGCCCAUGAGAUUCGGAGCUGCCCCAGUGAAAUCAUCCUGCUCGUGUGGCGCAUGGUCCCCCAGGUCAAGCCGGGGCCAGAUGGUGGGGUCCUGCGGCGGGCCUCUUGCAAGUCCACCCAUGACCUCCAGUCACCCCCCAACAAGCGGGAGAAGAACUGCACCCAUGGGGCCCAGGCACGGCCUGAGCAGCGCCACAGCUGCCACCUGGUAUGUGACAGCUCUGAUGGGCUGCUGCUCGGCGGCUGGGAGCGCUACACCGAGGUGGCCAAGCGCGGGGGCCAGCACACCUUGCCUGCGCUGUCCCGUGCCACUGCCCCCACCGACCCCAACUACAUCAUCCUGGCCCCGCUGAACCCUGGGAGCCAGCUGCUGCGGCCUGUGUACCAGGAGGAUGCCAUCCCUGAAGAAUCAGGCAGUCCCAGUAAAGGGAAGUCCUACACGGGCCUAGGGAAGAAGUCCCGGCUGAUGAAGACGGUGCAGACCAUGAAGGGCCAUGGAAACUACCAGAACUGCCCAGUCAUGAGGCCACACACCCCACACUCAAGCUAUGGCACCUAUGUCACCCUGGCCCCCAAGGUCCUGGUGUUUCCUGUCUUUGUUCAGCCUUUAGAUCUCUGUAACCCUGCCCGGACCCUCCUGUUGUCAGAGGAGCUGCUGCUGUACGAGGGGAGGAACAAGGCUGCAGAGGUGACGCUGUUCGCCUAUUCGGACCUGCUGCUCUUCACCAAGGAGGACGAGCCGGGCCGCUGCAACGUCCUGAGGAACCCCCUCUACCUCCGGAGCGUGAAGCUGCAGGAAGGUUCUUCGGAAGAUCUGAAAUUCUGUGUGCUGUAUCUAGCAGAGAAGGCAGAGUGCUUAUUCACUUUGGAAGCGCACUCACAGGAGCAGAAGAAGAGAGUGUGCUGGUGCCUGUCAGAGAACAUCGCAAAGCAGCAACAGCUGGCAGCCUCUCCCCCACAGAGCAAGAAACUCCACCCUUAUGGCUCUCUCCAGCAGGAGAUGGGGCUGGCCAACUCAACCAAUGCUACCCAGGAUAGAAGCUUUACCUCAUCAGGACAGACUCUGAUUGGCUGAGCAAACCCGAGGGCGGGACUCUGCUUCUGGCAACUUAACCCUUUCUUGGGCAUCCCCUACCACCCAGUAACCUCACCUCAACUGGACCCAAAAAGGAGGACCAAGAUGGUGGGCCUAAGGUCAUUUGAAGAGAGUGGCCCCACGGGUGUGUGUGGACUGGCCUCAGAAGGACCACAGUGGUGCAAGAGGCCCUGUGGGCACAUGCAGACUGGAAUUAGAAAGUCCCAAAUGAAGACAACACAGAAACUUAUUCCCCACAAAGAAGAAAGAGGCGAAAUAGCAUCUGGGCUUCUGGUGGUUCCAGCACCUGCCUCGGGGGCAGCAGGAGAGGCUGGGAGAGGUCGGCCCUGGUGGAGAACAAUGCUAUAACCCUCUGCUGCCAGAAGACACCUUCACUCAUUCGCUCAUCUGUACUCAUUUAUUCAUUCCUUUAUUCAGUGGAUAUUUGGGGGCAUUUACUUUAUGCCAGGCUCUGUGCUAGGAGCUAGGGAUACUGUGGAGAAUGAGAUGGACAUGGUCUCUGCUCUUCUCAAGAUUUCUGCCCUCGUGGGAGUGAGCAUUAAAUAAAUCAACAUACACAUACGUACACACAUGCACUCACGUGAUUACAAACUGUGAUAAUCCAUGAAGGAGAAGAACAGAUUUCUGUAUGAG